AUGUCUUUCCCGAUAGACCCGAAUGAAAGAAGAGCACCAACAGACGACGAGAUAUUGUAUUGCGUUGAACGACAGCCCGCAGCGUCGCGGUCUAACCCCACCGGUAGUCGGUCGUUCUCUCAGCACAGUCGCCAGCCAUCCUACGCUCCACCUUCCCAGCAGCAAGGCCCGCGGAACGCAAGCUCUGCCCGUCGCAACACCACAUCUGCGGGUCCGUCUCGAGAAGACGGACGUGAACGCUACAAUCCAGGUGACUCACGAAGCUAUUUACGGCCCAGCAGCAGCGGCCGACGGUUCACUGACUCUGCUGAUCCCACCGAUCCUCCUCCUCCGUUCGGGCAGAAUGUAGGGGCCUAUGGCGUACCGCGACAGUCGGCCUCGUCCAACGCGCGGUCUCGAAACGCCCACACUGUCCAGCCCACCACUUCCCUUUCCCCUCCAACCUCCCGCCCAGUCACACGCAGGGUGCACAGUUUCGGCCAAGGAUCUAAGCCCGCCUCAAGGCGGUUUGACGAAAAUGAAGUCUUCUGGAAUGCCAAUAUGCCUUACUCUGACGAGAGGGUCGCUUCAGCCUGUACUGACUGGCUGAAUGAGCGAGCUGUUGACGCUAGAGAUACUCUUGAAAGGGAAGAGAAACUUGUGAAAACAAAGCGAGAUGUUGAAGUGAAGAAGCAGAGCGCGAUGACGGAUCAAGUCUUUUACGACGCUAGCAAAGCAGCUCGCGGGUUGCAACUUGUCGUAAAACAAAGCGGAGAUGUUCAUGCCAUAUCUGAACUCGACUCUUUGAUCCAAUCAUUGGGGCAGCUUUCCGCAGAGCUGCACUUGGAGAGAAAUAUAAGGGACGAUGUGCCGGAGGCACAGCUCAGGGCGACUGAUGCUACUUGGGAUGGAUGGAAGGCGACAAAGAGGGCGUUUGACGUGGCAACUGGUAAUGCGAGUUUGGAUGAUAUGCGCUCGUUUUGGGACCAUCAUGAAGCUAAAAAGGGGGUGGCUUGUCAGAAUUCACAAGAGGAUGAGGGGUCUUGGCACACCAUGAUGAGAAAUUUGAAAGGCACACCCACCGAUGACAUUCUAGAGGCCUUCGAGGAGGAACGCACCUCUUGUCGCACACAACCCUCUCAAUAUUCUCAGCCUACCACGUCCCUCUAG